UAGACAACUAAUCUCUCUAGAUUUUGCAUUGCAAUAUCAAGAAGCAUAUCUUUGGACUAUAAUUUCUUACUAACUAAAUUGAUUCUAUUUGAAACUUCAUGCCAAAUAACCAAACUUACAAUAAAUCCAAAACUUGACAGCUCACCAUUUACCAAAGAUUCGACAUCCCUACUAACUUUUUCAUCCUCACUUACUUGAGCUAAUUGUAUUAAAACAUCUUUAAUUUUGCCAACUUGAGUUUUAAUAGCUUUAACACUUUCAAUAUGACUUUCCCAACGAGUAGUAGAUAAAGAUUUUAAAGUCAAAAAUCGUCAAUAUACUCUAAUAAAACAGUCCCUCAUUGUAGAGUUGGAGAACACAUUGUAUGUUGUUUGACAAGUACCAAAAAAGGUUUUUGCUCUGUGACAAGAAUUUGUCAUAUCACAUAACACUAUAUUAAGAUUGACAACUACAUGGCAUAUAAAAGGCUCUAGGGUUUAUAUCAAGUAAUUUUUUUUGCACAUGUUGAUGUUUCCUUUUCAUACUAGACCCAUUGUCAUACCCUUGUCCCCGCACACAAUUAAUAUCUAAAUCAAAUGAUUUUAGAACAUCUUGUAGUACGUUAAGAAGUCCUAAACCGGAUGUAUUUUCCACAACCAAAAACUCUAAAAAGAACUUUUUGACUUGUAUAGGAGAACUUGUCACAUCAACACAUCUUAUAAUUAAAGUCAUUUGUUCUUUAUGGCUUGCAUCCGGAGUACAAUCAAGAAUAACUGAAAAUACUUUGCCUUUUUGGUUUGUUUAAUGAUUUCAUUCUUUACAUCAGAUGCCAACAUUUCUAUCAAUUCAUGUUUUGAAUUUUGUGGAUAAGAUAAUGCUAAUGAGGCUUUGUGUCUUUGAUAAGCCGAAAAUGUUGUUUCAUAAGAGGAUCAAACUCAACAAUCAUUUGAAUUAUGCCUAAAAAAUUUCUAUUAGACUCUUCGUAAAGUUUUUCAUUUGUUCCACGAAAAGCUAAAUUAUACUCUGUUAGGCAUUUCACGGCAACAAUUAUUUUAACCAGAAUUUCUUUCUACUGACCAGUAUAUUUUUUUUAUUAAUUCUUGCAACCCUCUAUUAAGUGUUUAAUUUUUAUUCAACCUCAGUCGCAACUCUGACCAAAACUUUAAAUUAGUCACAUGUUCCGGACUAUUUUCAUGAAUGUUUAUUCUUUGACCAAGUUGUUUCCAACAGUCUAAACCUUCACUUGCUAAUUGACUGUUUUAUCGACCAUCUUUGAAAGGCUUACAACAAAAACAUAAGACUUUAUCUAGCUCUUUUGAAUAAAUGAAUGUCUAUCUAUCAUAACAAUCACUGUUUCUUAAUUUACGAACAUAAUAUUCACAAGAGAAAUGUCUACCUACUUUAUCUUUUGAAAAUAUGAUGUUAGUUUCUCUAAUAGGCCCUUUUACUUCAAGUAAGUCUUUCAUUUUUGAAUUUAAUCCAUCCCAAACUCUUGGAUCAAAUAUAUUCACACAAAUAUCAUCUAGAAGAGGAUUUUCUAAUCACAAGCAUUUUCAAUGUUUUCAUCAUCUAUGGUUUCAUAAUCACAGGCAUUAUCAAUGCUUUCAUCAUUACAAGCAUUACCAAAACAUUGAUAUGAGAGUUUAGUUAUUGUAAGUUUGGUUAUUUGGCAUGAAGUUUUAUAUAAAAUUAAUUUAGUUAGUAAGAAAUUAUAGUCCAAAGAUAUGCUUCUUGAUAUUGCAAUGCAAAAUCUAGAGGGAUUAAUUGUCUAUUUAGAAAAAUAUAAGGAAAUGGUUUUACAUGUGCUAUCCAAGAUAAUAUCAGAGUUGAGCCUGGAUUUGCUUUAAAACGUUUUCUUUCCAAAAAAAAACAAUUUGAUGAAAUUCCAAAUACCGAGAGAGAACAACAAUCUGCUCAAGAGGCGUUUAGAAUUGAUUACUUUCUUGUUUUAGUUGAUAUGGCUAUUUCUCAGUUACGAACUAGAUUUGAACAAAUGAAAAAAAUUUGAAUCUAUUUUUGGCUUCUUGUUUGACGGCUGAAAGUUAGUUAGUUUACAUGAUUGAUGAGUUGAAAAAAAUGUUUUUUGGAUCUUGAACUUGUUUUUAACAAAUGAUGAUAAUUCUGAUAUCGAUGGGCAAUAUUUGUUUAUGGAGUUACAAGUUUUGAAGGGUAUGUUACUGGAAGAGGCAUUUGAGAGAGAAAAUUCUUGGACAUCCAUACAAAGUAUUAAGUUUGCAAAGAACUUGCUUAUAGGAUUUUUCUGACCAUACUCGAUACUGUAACAUCUGUGGGAAGAAGCUUUUCGAAAUUAAAGUUGUAAAAGUCAUAUUUGCGUCUGCCAUGACUCAAGAAGGAUUGAACGGGUUAGUAAUUUUGAGUAUUGAGAGUAAGUUUUUAGCAAAUAUUAACUAUGUAUUUUAUGUUCCGUUAUACGGGGUUUUGGAUUGUAUCACUUUUGCUAUAUCUAAUAAAAAUCGGCAUAGGGAUGAGCCGCCUAGCUUGACUAGGUUUCAAACCCCUUCAAAUAUAAGGGGCAUUUUUUGGCACUUGCCUGCUAAAACUGUCCACACCACGUCAUGCGACUUCAUAUGCGACCCCAGGUUGCAUAUAAGUCCCUGCUACAACCCAAUGUGCAACAGAAACCUCACAUCGUAUGGCCAACUCGCAUGGGUGGUUGUGCGAACUGUAUCACCAGAAAUCAACAGACAAGCAGAAGUUCGCAUACAAGCAUAACUUUGCAGGCGGAUAACAAAUAUUGAGUAUCAUCUUAUCAACAUGAAAUGAGUUUCCUGAAGUUCACUACUUCAGGGCUUGACGGAAGAUGUUGCCAUGAGGAAUAUGGUCGCUUGCUUCCAUGCCCUGCCGAGAAUGUUUUACCAAGAAAAAUUGAGCACUUAGUUGUUAAAGAAGGAGGACCUGUUCUUGACUUCAUUACCAAAGCUUUGGAUCUUCCACCAUUGUACGUUGCAGAUCUUAUUCAUUUUGGAGCAGUGUACUAUGCCCUUGUAUGCCCAAAGCCUCCUUCAACUGCCACACCAGAGGAAAUCAAGUUGUACAAAGAGUUUACUAAUCCGAGAGUCUUAAGAAAGCGACCUUCAAUCGAAGGAAAAACCGUGAGAGAGGCACAAAACACUUUUAGGAUUACUCAUAUUGAUGAGUUUGUUGAAGUGGGGACAUAUGUGAGGGUGCAUGUACGUCCAAAACGAUUUCCAAGAUGUUAUGAAAUUGACUGGAGAUCCAGAAUAAUUGCUGUGACAGAGUCCUAUGUGGUUCUCAACAAGCCUGCUGGGACAUCAGUUGGUGGAACUACAGACAACAUUGAAGAAACUUGUGCAACCUUUGCUACUCGUGCCUUGGAGUUAACUACUCCAUUAACGACUACUCAUCAAAUUGAUAAUUGCACAGAAGGCUGUGUUGUUCUAGCUAGAACUAAGGACUACUGUUCAGUUUUUCAUAGAAAGAUCAGGGAGAAACAAGUGAAGAAGCUUUAUCUUGCACUUGCUGCUGCGUAUGUGCCAUGUGGAGUCAUGACCCAUUACAUGCGACCAUUUCGUAGGGCUCCAAAAAUUAUUUCCAAUGACUUCAUUGAGGAAUGGAACCUUUGCCAACUUGAGGUUCUGGAAUGCAGGAAAGUUCCCUGGCCAAAUGCUUUACUUCAAAAAGAGUAUGGAAUUGAGGAUUUUAAUUGGCCUAAUAAAGAGUUUGCAUAUGAGUGCAAAAUCAACCUCUUGACUGGCCGUACUCACCAGAUUCGAGCUCAAUUGGCUGCCUGUGGUGCACCAAUAGUGGGUGACUCGAUGUAUAUGCCAGCUGCAAUAGCUGAGCUAGCCAGUCCCGGGCUAAACCCUUUUGGGAAGUACAAAAAACAAUUUGAAAGUGAAGUCGAUAGAGAAUGUGGCAUCGAAGAAUGGGCUGGAAAACAUGGGAAGGAACCUGGUGUGGCUAUUGGCCUUCAAGCUUGUCAAAUUUCAUGGGAUGAAGGUGAGCACUUCUAUGAGGCUGGAGCUCCUUGGUGGACUCAAUAGCAAAGUCUAGGAUUUGGUUUAUGGGGUAACUGAUGGAGCUUUGUUGGGCAGAUUCUUCUUUACAGGAAGCUUGAGGUCCGUGUUCUUCUAACUUCUAAUUUUUUUUAGAUGUUGAUCUUUUUUUUUCAUUUUACAAAUUUAUUAUGACUCACUCCGUUGCUAAAAUGUCUAUAUUUCUAAUUAUGUUUGACCCUGAAUAUGUGUCUAGUUUAAAAAAUAGAUGAGUAAAUUCUCAAAUCUACCCUUAGAAAAUAUAUAAGAGUUUUGAAGAGAGAGAUAAAUUAAUUAAGGGUAAAGUUGUCUUUUGGUUACCUAAAAAGUGUAAUACGUAAAAUUGUGUGCCAUUUCUAUUGUGGACACUUAUUUUGGGACGGAGGGAGUAUUAUUUUAAAUGUUGGAGUUCUUAUAAUGUCUUAUUUACAUAAUCUAAGACAUGCAAAUGCUUCCUGGACCAUGACGGUCGAACUAUACAUGCAUAUGCCAAUCGAAAUUUUUGUUCAAGUUAAGACAACCAAUAUCGAUCAGGUUUCAGUUUUAAUUAGUUUAACCGGUUUUUGGACGUGAAUGGACUGAAACCCAAAAUAUAAGA